AUGGAUCUGAUGGAUGGAUUCUAUCAGAUCCUCGUGCGUGAACGAGACAACGCGUACACAGCAGUGAGCACCCCCAGUGGUAUGCUCUGGGAGUGGCUAGUGAUGCCACAGGGGCUAAGUAACGCCUCUGAAACGUUCAACAGAUGUGCUACGAAUCAGUUGCGAUCGGUUCGAGACUUUGCACCGAUUUACUAUGACGAUGUCUGUGUCCAUAGCCAGGCUAUGGGUGGAAAGACGGACGUGUAG